AUGUUUGUUCCCCGAAUCCCCCUUUUUCAUAAGUUAUCUGAAACAUCGUUCAGGAAACAAAAGAACAGCAUGGGCCCCAACCAGGCGGUGUCGUCGGCGCCGCGGCGGAACAUCGUGGGCUGUCGUAUCCAGCACAUCUGGAAGGAGGGGAGCACUACAUCUCAGUCGCAGUGGAAAGGCACGGUGCUAGACCAGGUGCCUGUCAACCCCUCGCUUUACCUCAUCAAGUACGACGGCUUUGACUGCGUCUACGGCCUGGAGCUGCAUAAAGAUGAGAGGGUACAGGGCCUCGAGGUGCUCCCUGACCGUCAAUGUAAGGACUUGGUCUAUGUACACAUUGUUUAUAUUGAUUGUCAUUUGGAAAUGAUUGAUAACGCAAAGUCGCAAACAAGUUUUGGUUUGUGCUGUAAUGGUGUUACAUGUUCAUGGUGCUCCUAAAAUGUUAAUAUCAAUUGUGAGUUUAAUGAUCGUUGAUAUUCACAAGUUAGUAACAUUUCCAAUUUAUAAGUUAAACAUGGCAAAUAAACUUGAAACUUGAUGUUACCAUGUACCCUGUACCAUGUACUCUGUUGCAGCCUCUAAGCGCAUCAGCGACGUCAACCUGGCUGACACAAUGAUAGGGAAGGCAGUGGAGCACAUGUUUGAGACGGAGGACGGAACUAAAGACGAGUGGAGGGGCAUGGUUCUGGCCCGGGCCCCCAUUAUGAAUACCUGGUUCUUCAUCACCUACGAGAAGGAUCCCGUCCUGUACAUGUACCAACUCCUAGACGACUACAAGGAGGGAGACCUGAGGAUCAUGCCUGACUCAAGUUAGUCCUGUCCUUAGAGUUAGGCUGCACUUCAAAAUGACAAUAGGCCACUCUCUUGAUUGUAAGACUGCUUAAAGCUAAGAUAUGUGUACGAGUGUAUUAACAUUUUAUAAGCAUGUAUGAGCCUUUAUAAUGUCUCUAUACUCUCCUGAAGGUUGCUUUUCAUAAUGAUAACAGGAAACUCUCUCUUCAUUAUAAAAUAUUUAUGUUCUUCAUUGUCCAGGUCUCUCUUGAUAAAGAGAUUAACCAGAUUGAAUAAAUAGAUUGGUAAACAUUUUUGAGUUUCCAAUGUGAUUUCCCAUAAAUUAAUUACAUAUGGCAAAUAAACUUAAACUUGAGUUAUUGUUUGUUUCUUAGAUGACACUCCGCCUGCGGAGCGGGAGCCGGGAGAGGUGGUGGACAGUCUGGUGGGGAAACAAGUGGAGUACGCUAAAGAGGAUGGCUCCAAACGAGCUGGCAUGGUCAUCCACCAGGUGGAGGCCAAACCCUCUGUAUACUUCAUCAAGUUUGACGACGACUUCCACAUCUACGUCUACGACCUGGUCAAGACCUCCUAA